CUACUGUAGCAUCACAUAUUCAACACUUUUGCUAUUCGUGACCUUCAUAUCUCUCGUCCUACAGUCUUCAAUAGUAAUGAUGGAAAAUAUUCCAAAUGUUGGCGUUUUUCAACUGUUUCUGGCAAUGUCCGGCUAUAUCGCUGUGGGUCAGACUAUAAUAAUCCUGAAAAAACGAGAAAAAUUGACAGAACUGAUGGGGAGUUUACUAGAUGAGUACAACGGGAAAACUUUGGGGAAGGAUAAAAUCAUCAACGAACGUUUAUCUGGCAAAAUAUUGAUGACCCUGAUAAUCUCCAUUGUUCUCAGCAUUCUGGGAUGUAUUGUAGUCACUGAAUCUCUCCCGAACCUUGAAGUGAUCAAGGUGAAUUCGGAAAUAUUUCAUCGGAAAUAUCCGGACAGAGUGAUUGGGUUUCUUCUGUGGUUGCCGUUUGACAGUAGUGUAUCACCCCAAAACGAAGUCACGAGGGUUAUCGUAUAUUUAACUAUAUUUCUGUCGGUUCCUCUGGUAGCUGUGAGGUUUUCUCUACUACCUGUAAUGGCACUACAUUUAGUUGGCAUUUUUGAAACCGUCUCUUCGAAAAUUGGUAAACUGAAGUACAGUUGUACAGAGAAUACUGACGAGACAAUUAUUGAAAUCAUAAAACUACAUCAGAAGGCUCUCAUGAUCUCAAAGAACCUAGUCGAGUUCUUCAGACCAAUCAUUCUGCUGAAAGCUAUAUUUUCGUUCUGGAUGUUCGCUGUGUUGAUGGUGGUUAUAACUGAGGAACCAAUAGGCUCUUCAAUUUUCAUCAACUGUGCGUUCUGUCUGCUGUGCAGUGGAUAUGAGUUGCUCUUAGAUUGCUGGAGUGGAGAACAGUUGGCCAGAAAAAGUGAGAAGGUUGGAGUGGCAGCCUACCAAUGCCAGUGGGAUAGAAUGUCAAAUAGUGCCAGAAAGAAUCUCGUCCUGCUGACUUUGAGGGCUCAGAGACCAAUUCAGUUGGAUGUCAGGCCUUAUUUGAUUCCAAUGUCACUCAAAACUUAUGUUCAGAUAAUGAAAGCAUCGUUUUCCUGCUAUACACUUCUUCUAAGCAUCAAAGCAGAAAAACACUAGACAACCAGUUGAUAGAUGAUUGUUGUCAACUAGUUUAUAAAUCUUUGUUGACUGGUUGUCAACUUAGAAAA